CUCCCUAAAGGUGAACAUGAAAACCCUUGUUCGUGGCCAAUUGUUGGAUUGUCCAUGUCCUCCCAUACAGCCGCUGUAGGAUUAUGCCACAGUUGCAUGAAGCAUGAUAUGCAUCUUCAGUGGUUAAUGCCAGUAAACCAGUGUACUGUCCCAGUGGUGUGGAAUGGGAGCAGCAGGCACUGGUGAGCUAGGAUAGGCUGGGAGUCUGGUUGCAGCAGAAUACGGGACGAGGCUCCUUGGCUCAUAUACUUAUAGUCCGCCUCUUCGCUGGGCAGGAAAUCUGACGUCGAUCGCUUACAAAGGAAAAUCCACAGUGGUUGCAGAAGUCUCGAAGUCAACCUGACCAGCAGCGCGGAGAAAAAAAAACAUAAUUCAAGUUUCUUUAUAGUAUUGGAUCUAUUUGUUCAACCUCCCAGGACUUGUAUUUGAGGAGAAGGGCAGCAGAAGAGGGACACCAUGCCACGGCGGACCGUGCAAGAAGUCACCGUGCAGGACGUCCAGAAGCGGAGGAACCCCAACAAACACUAUGUUUACAUCAUCAAAGUGUUGUGGAGCGAUGGGAGCACAGAGAUCAUCUACCGGCGAUACAGCAAGUUCUUUGAUCUACAGAUGGAGUUGUUGGAUAAAUUCCCGGUGGAAGGGGGCCAGAAAGACCCCAAGCGGAGAAUCAUUCCUUUCCUUCCAGGAAAGAUUCUGUUUCGGAGGAGCCAUAUCAGAGAUGUCGCCAUGAAGCGUCUGCGGCCCAUCAACGAGUACUGCAUGGCCCUCACCCAGCUGCCCGUGUACAUCUCGCAGUGUGAGGAGGUCAGGGUGUUCUUCGAGACCAGACCUGAAGACCUCAACCCACCCAAGGAGGAACCCAUUGGAAAGAAGAAAUCAGGGCUUGUGGCGAGAGCGUCUUCUUUCCUAAAGCGAGGGGACACAAGCUCCACAGACCUGCUGCUCCUGGACCAGUACGUGGCUGUCACGGACUACGAGAAGCAGGAGAGCUCGGAGAUCGGCCUGCACGUGGGCCAGGUGGUGGAGGUCAUCGAGAAGAACGAGUCCGGCUGGUGGUUCGUGAGCACCGACGACGCCCAGGGCUGGGUCCCCGCCACCUGCCUGGAGGCCCAGGACGACCCCGACGACUUCUCCCUGCCGGGGGACGAAGAGGAGAAGUACUCUGUGGUGUACCCCUACGCGGCCCGGGACCAGGAUGAGAUAGACCUGGAGAAGGGCAUGGUGGUGGAGGUGAUCCAGAGGAACCUGGAGGGCUGGUGGAAGAUCAGGUAUCAGGGCCGCGAGGGCUGGGCCCCGGCCUCCUACCUGACCAAGGUGGACAUGCAGGCCCAGAAGCAGUCAGCAGGGGGCGCUGCCAAUGCCAGCACCAGUGACCUGGAGGGAGCGUCUAGACAGAACCAGCUGAACAACGGGGCUAAAGACCCCCAGAAGGAGCCCAAGCUGUCCCCCUUCUCCGACGGCAGCAAGCUGAAAAUGGGUUUGCGACAGAGACCUCCGCCACGCAGAGACCUCACCAUCCCGCGUGGGGCCAACCUGCCCAAGCCCCCCGUCCCGCCCCAGGUGGAGGAGGAGUUCUACACCAUUGCCGACUUCCAGACCACCAUCCCCGACGGCAUCAGCUUCCAGGCCGGCCUCAAAGUGGAGGUCAUCGAGAAGAACUCCAGCGGCUGGUGGUACAUCCAGAUCGAGGACAAGGAGGGCUGGGCCCCCAUCACCUUCAUCGACAAGUACAAGAAGACCAGCAGCGCCCUGCGGCCCAACUUCCUGGCGCCGCUCCCCAACGAGAUGGAGAAGCUGAGGCUGGAGGACGGGAACGCCGCCGCCGCCGCCGCCGCCGCCGCCGCCGCCGCCGCCGCCGCCGCCUCGGCCCCGGAGGACAGCUGGUCCAAGCCUCUCCCGGACGAGCCCGGCGCCGCCGCCGCUGAGGCCUUCGCCAGGCCCAAGCUGAGGGAUUGGAAGUCCGGCGGCAGCAAGGGCUCCUCGGCGCUCUUCUCGGAGCCCCUCCCCCCGGCGCCCUCCGCCCCCCCGCUGGAGGAGAAGCCGGCGCUGCCCCCCCGCCGGGAGUCCAUCAACAAGGGCUUGGAGGCGGAGCCGCCCGAGAGGCCCAAGGCCGAGCUCUGUAAGCCCCUCCCGCCCAAGCCCCCGGCCCCCGGGGCCCUGGGGGGCCCCAAGCCCCCGGCCCCACCGGCCCUGCUGGCCCUGGGGGGCCCCAAGGUGCCCCCCCCCUUCCGGCAGGAGAGACCCGCGGAGCCCAAGAAGGAGGACAAGAACAAGGCCCUGCACCUGAAGAACGAGAUGGGGCUGGAAUGCGGCCACAAGAUCUCCGCCAAGGAGGUGAAGAAGUUCAACCUGAAGCCCGUCCCCAAGCAGCCCCCCAAGCCGCGGGCCGAGCCCCCCGAGGAGCGCCCCGAACCCGCCGGACCCGCGCUCUUCAUGAAGCCCAAGCCCGGGGUCCGGCCCAAACCGGUCCCGUCCGCCAAGCCCGAGGCCCCGGCGGAGAACCGGCUGGACAUCACCAACCUGCGGAGCAAGCUGAGGCCCGCCAAGCCCGCGGAGCCCGGGGCCCCCGAGGCCGGAGGCCACCCGGCCCCCAGCCCCCCGCCGCCCAGCAGCUCCCACCCGAGCCCCCCUCUGGGCCCCGCCCCCAAACACUUCCCCAGCCCCGCCCUCCUGAACAACGGCAAACACGCCGACGAGCCCCGGCUGCCACCCAAGCAGCUCAACGGCCACGCCCACGAGAGCUCCCCCCCGCCCGCCAAGCCGGGCCCGCCUCCCCACAAGGAGCAGCCCCAGAGGCCUCCCGCCCUGGCCCCCCGGAGGCCGCCGCCCCCCAAGAAGACGGACCCCUCCAGCCCCACCGAGACCCCCAGGACCCCCCCGCACUUCCCCAAGGAGGCCCCGGAGGCCCCCAAGCCCGAGCUGCCUCCGCAAAGCAGACCCCCGCCUCCCAAGCCGAAGGCCUUCGUGCUCCCGCCUCCGCCCAGGGAGAGGGAGGAGCCUAAGGCCUUCGUGCUCCCGCCCCCGCCCAGGGAGAGGGAGGAGCCUAAGGCCUUUGUGCUCCCGCCUCCACCCAGGGAGAGGGAGGAGCCUAAGGCGAACAAGAUGCCCAUCCCCCCCAAGCCUCAGCUGAAGACCAAGAAGCCGGCGCCGCCCAGAGACAAGCUGCCGCCCCUGGUCAGGGAGGCGGGCCGGGACCAGCUGUACCUGGCCGUGGCCGACUUCGAGGGCGACGAGCAGACGGCCGGCUUCAAGGUGGGCACCGUGUUCGAGGUGAUGGAGAAGAACGGCAGCGGAUGGUGGUUCUGUAAAAACGCCGGCGAGGAACACGAGGGCUGGAUCCCUUCAAACUACCUGAGCAAGAAGCCCUAGGUACUAAGCGACGGCACCACCCUCCUGCCUUAUCUUUUGUUAUACGUUUAAAACAAAAAAAAAAAAUCACUACUUUGUAUUUAAUUUGAUUUUUCAUUUUAUUUAUAUGUAUCCUUUUUUUUUAUUUGUUAUUGUUACAUUCCUUUUUUAUACACAGUACGUGCUUUUAGUGAGCGUCAACCAGCAAUGAGCCCUUGUUACGCGGGGUUCUUAGACGUUUUUUUUUAUCAAAUAAGCCUGUUUGUUUGCUUUACUUUUGGGUGCCAUAUAUAGAGCUGAAGGGAGCCUCCGAUUUGCAGUCGUUUAUGUUGGGGUGGUUGAAAUGUUGUGUGCCAUCGCCUUCGAUGUUACUGUGCCUCAGUAUGACACGCAAAAUGCUUGAUGUGUUUUUAGAUAUAUGCAAUUCAAAUGAUCAUUGUUUGUUAUGGAUAGCUUUCACAAAAAGAGAAUAGGAACAGAUGCUGCCGCAUUAAAUACUGGCUUAUGUUUGCUUUCCACAAACACAAAAAAUCCAAUCAAUCUGUAAAAAAAUCAUUUUGGGCAAAAGUGGUAAAAUAAUGUAUAAUUCUGGGGCAUUACUUUGCCCGUUUGGACAGGGGACAGAAGAUGGACAGGAAAGUAGGUUGAGGGAUUGUAGUAAAUAAUCACAGGCUGGGACCGAACCAGGGUGGCCACGAGGUCUUACGUCUGCGUGGGGGGCUGGCUCACUGAGGGUUCGCCACCCCCUGAAUCCAAUUAUCUUUUGGUCAAGAAAAAGUAUUCCUGCCAACAAAAUGUUUCUCUUUUAUAUAUAUCUAAUUUUUUUUUUACAUGUUUUUUCUUCGACUGCAUAAUCAAUUCAGCAGUAAUUUUGUUAAAAAUAUGUGCACUUUUAAUCCUUUGUUCAAGUGAGUUUGCACAUGCUACAGAAAGUGGGAUAUACCAAGUGGGUUUUUUCUUUACGUUCUUGUAUACACUCAAAACGGAUAAAUCCAAAAAGGUUUUCUGUAAAUACAGAACACAUCCAAAUCGCCUCCUCUAGAUCGUCCGUCUGGUUUACAAAAGGAAGGAUUGGAUGCCAAUGAGGUCUUGUAAAAACAAUUCAGUAUUUUUCAGUCUAUUCUCGUUUGCGAGCCAAACCUUGUUCAGAUGAAAGUUCCAUCAAAUAAUAUUUUACAUGAACGCUUGACUGGUCUCAAGUGUUGUAGGUAAACUAAAAAUAGUUUUUAAUGUACAGAAAUAAAGUCUUUAACUUCUUACUUUUCAUCGACGGGGUGUUAUCUUAAAUAAACAAUUUUAGAAACACAAAGGGUCAAAAAAAGAGUAGUUGGCUUUUCAAGAAAAGAAUGGAACGUUCCAGAGAAGCCUGACAAUAUCAAUAAAAUAAAUGAAUAACAAUUGUUGGUGACAGUCACUAAAGCACUUAUAUCGUCUUCAUGGUAGAUUAUUCAAAAUAUUUUGCUGUUUAUUGCUAAAGAUUGCUACAACACAUUAGCUUAAUAGCAUUGAAGCGCCUUUGACAAAACUAGACAAUAUAGUUUGGACUAAUGAUGUUCUGCCUCUAGUUGCUUUGUGUUGAAACACACUAUCAGUUUGUUUUCAGAGUGCUAUUGUGUCCAUCCCAAUGCCCGUUUGUGAGCCUUCCACAAGGUACAGCUACUGGUUAGUCAGUGUUAAGCUUCGUAUUUCAAAAGGUUCAAAGGGAGGAAAGCAAUCAUUUCAAAUCUACAAUGAUAAAAAGUUUGGAACGGUUGAACGAUUCCUUCAGUACUGUAUUCGGCCCCUUUGUUUGCCUAUGUCCUGUAUUUCUCAGACUUAUCUUACCGUCAUAUGAAGCCAAUAAACAUUUCCAACCUUA